AUGGUCGUACCAAGGAACAGGUUCUAUACCGUGCUGGCGGGCGUGUCCUGCAUCAUGCUACUCGCCGGGUUGGUGCACAUGAUGGACUACGACACCGCCUUCCAGAUCUCCCGCAUAAUGCACAAUGGGAACGAGGAGCAGGCUGACCAAAGCGACGCUCCCUUGAUGCCCGCGGGCGGCAAGGUAUACCAAAAGACAUGGCACGAGAUCGCGCUGGCUGCCGGCACCGACAAGGUCACGACGCAUGAAUACCAAUACAUGUACGAGAAAUAUCUGCCGUCUAUCCGUGGCAGGCACGUCAAGAUGCUGGAAAUUGGCCUCGGAUGCAAUAUGAACUACGGCCCCGGAAAGUCGUACUCCACAUGGCUAGAGUAUUUCCCCGAUAUCGAGCUCUUCUACAUCGAGUACGAUGCCGCGUGCGCCGAAAAGUGGGCGCACAAAACGGAACAAGCGCACGUCUUCACAGGCGACCAGGCCAACGCCACGAUGCUCGAAGAGUUCAUCGCCAAGGCGGGCAUGGACUUUGACCUCAUCAUCGACGACGGCGGCCACCGUAUGGACCAGCAAAUUGUCUCGCUCCAGCACCUGUGGAAGGCAGUCAAGCCCGGCGGCAUGUACAUUCUGGAGGACCUCCAGACCAGCUACUGGAAGAAUUACGGGGGCGACUCCUCGACCACGGACCAGAGCAUCAAGACGGCGAUGAAGUUCAUCUACGAGCUCAUUGACGACCGCAUGAGCGGCACCAACAAGCACGAGAUUAGCGAGACGAUGAGGAGCAUUGACUGCAUGAAGGAGGUGUGCGGGUUCACCAAGAAGACGAUGUCUUCGUAG